AUGCUGCUCACAUCUCUCUUCGCGCUGGCAGCCUUCUUGCAGCCUACCUUCUCCUGUGACGACCAUGACUGGACCUCCCCAUUUAUCGGAGGCUACGUAGACCAUGGCUUGAUGAGAAGACACGACCUGGCCAAAAGAAUCCAGCCGGCUGCUCUACCCGCACCUCCGCAAAAGAUCAAAGACUUGCACUGGGGUCAGGUCAAUUUCCUCCAUACGACAGACACUCAUGGUUGGCUAGCGGGUCACCUGCUCGAUGACAACUACAGCGCCGACUAUGGCGACUUCGCCGACUUCGUCCAGAAGAUGAAGGCCAAGGCUGAUGUUUACGGUGUGGACCUCCUGCUGGUUGACUCGGGCGAUUUGCACGACGGAACUGGCUUUGGAGAUGCCACCACACCCAACGGCCAACUCACUCUUCCCAUCUUCCAGAAACUCCCCUAUGACCUGCUGUCGAUCGGAAACCAUGAGCUCUACACGACCGAGAUUGCAAACAACACGUAUCACAAUUUUGCACCACGAUGGGGAGGCCGAUAUGUUACGUCCAAUGUCGACUUUAACCUCACAGGGACUCCCGUACCGUUCUCCAACAGAUACGCAUACUGGAAGUCGAAGCAGGGCAUUCGAAUCAUGGCAUUUGCCUUUCUCUUCAACUUUACGGGCAACAGUAAUGCUACGGUCGUCACGCCGGUUGGCGACGCAGUCAAACAAUCUUGGUUCCAGCAACAGGUCAAGAGAACAGACAUCGAUAUGUUUUUGGUUGCCGGCCACAUUACCCUCCGCAAUUCGACCGAAUGGGGACUGAUAUAUGCCGCCAUUCGUCAAUAUCAUCCCAGGACCCCUAUUCAGAUAUUCGGAGGCCAUCGACACGUGCGGGAUGCCGUAGUCUUCGAUUCGUCUGCCCUGGGUAUUGCCUCUGGCAGAUACUGCGAGACUGUGGGAUGGGUAUCGGUUGAUGGCCUUCCCAAAAACGUGACCAAAGCUAAAUCGCCUAUGGGCAGUGCCACCAAGAUCACCCAGAAGCCAUCCGCUGUGCCUGGUGUGAAGCCAUACCUCAACUCCACGCUGUCUUAUUCGCGUCAAUAUCUCGACUUUAAUCGGUACAGCUUCGAGUUCCACACGGGCACCAAUGAGCAGACCUUCAACAGCACUCUCGGUGUGAGCAUCAGCAAGAAUAUCACGGCAUCAGUCGACAGCCUUCCUGAACUUACUGAGAAGCUUGGCUGCUGUCCGGCAGACUACUACCUCGACCGCUUCCCCAUCAGCUCGAAUCAAAGUCUGUUUCACUACUUGACCAAUGUCGUCUUCCCAGCCGUUGUGGUCGAUCCGAAUCGCACCGACAUGCCUCGAAUCAUCCUUACCAAUACAGGAGGGUUCCGCUAUGAUCUGCUGCAAGGUCCCUUCACGAUAGAUAACGCGUAUCAGACGAAUCCCUACACUAACUAUUGGCUGCGGAUGACGGCACCGUGGUCCUCGGCCAAGAACUUGCUCUCGAACAUGCAAACGGACAGAGUCUUCAAACGAGCCGACACUCCCGUGAACGCUACGACCUUGGUCGUGACCCCUGGCUACGUCACUAAGGAUGACUUGGGCAACGACGGUGACAACAUCGCUCACACCAACCAAGGCUACUCGGCCUCGCCGCACUACGUUCAAGCAAACGUCAGUGUGUCUAACAUUACUGACGAUACGCUUGUGGAUGUGUACGGAACGAGUUUCUUCACCCCUGCGGCCGGCAAAUACCUGACUGGAAACACGAGUGAUUGGGUCAACGCCGAUGGCAACUUUUCCAGUUUUGACACCUUGCCGAGGAUGGCACGCUUGUACUGGAGCAAGGAUUGUUAA